AUGUCCGACCCAAGCGUCGAGCUCCAGUCCACACUCCGCAACCUAUCCAUUGGCGAAAAGGGCCCGGUGCCAGACGUCCGCCGCCCAAGCACACAGAAACCAACAUCCGCCCCCAAGCCUUCAAAGAAAAAGGAACCGGUCGCGGAUUCCUGGGAAGAUGAGGCAGAGCUCUCUGCUUCGGAUUCGGAAGACGCCCCACCCCACAGUGAACCUGCUGUCCUUUCACCAACGCUGAGCGCCGAGGGACCGCUGGACCCCCCACCCACACCGAUCUCGCCACAAACAUCCAACCCAUGGGGUGGUAGAGCUGCCUCUCCGGCGGCGCAGGCUGGACCUGCGCGUCGCCCGGAGAAGCAGACUGCUGUUGCAGGGCGGUUGAUUGCUGGUGCUUUGGGUAUCCGUGCGCCGAAGCGGACUGAGGAGCAGCGGGCUUAUGACCGCUCUGUUAAAGAGCAAGAGAUCCGGAGGCGCAAUAGAGAGCGUGAGGAACAAGCCAAGGCUAAGGCGGAGGAGGAGAAAUUGAAGACGGCUGUCUGGGACAGUUGA